CUUCGACGCCAUGAUAAAUUAGUUAUCGUCACGUUGUCGUACUUGAUCUUUCCUUAGGUCGUGUUAAUCGCAUUAAUUUGCUCAUUUGUCGGAACAAUUAUUAUUCUCAUUAAUUCGCGAUACUCUUAUACAUUUUCUACAUUUCCAGUAGCUCAAUAUUCAGCACGCGCGAAUAAUUCCGAUAUGUCGGAUUCAGAAGGUGCCAGCGAUGCCGGAAGUAUCGGAGGAAGAUCUCGGAGCGUUUCUCGUAGCAGGAGUCUUUCACGAAGUUCGGGAUCCAGGAGUCGAUCCAUAUCUCGAUCACGUUCUCGCUCACCAUCUGGCUCAGAAGAUGGAGAUGCGAAGAUAGAUGAAGCAGAAGAAGUCAGAUCCGGGGAUGAAGAAAUUGUGGAAAUGGAAGAGGAACCUGAAGGAGAAGACUUGGAUAGCAGUGAAUAUGAUGAGGAAGAGGAUGAAGAAGAUGAUGAUAGGCCGAGAAAGAAAAAAAAGAAAGAUAGAUUCGGUGGCUUUAUUAUAGAUGAAGCUGAAGUAGAUGAUGAAGUAGAAGAUGACGAUGAGUGGGAAGAAGGCGCUCAAGAAAUUGGUAUCGUGGGAAACGAAGUGGACGAAUUAGGACCGACUGCGCGUGAGAUUGAAGGUCGACGUAGAGGUACAAAUCUUUGGGAUUCGCAGAAAGAAGACGAAAUUGAAGAAUAUCUUCGGAAGAAAUAUGCUGACGAAUCAAUCGCUGCUCGUCGUUUUGGCGACGGUGGCGAAGAAAUGAGUGACGAAAUCACUCAGCAAACUUUAUUGCCAGGCGUGAAAGAUCCAAAUUUGUGGAUGGUAAAAUGUCGUAUAGGAGAAGAAAAAGCCACAGUACUAUUAUUGAUGCGAAAGUUUAUUACAUAUCAAUUUUCAAACGAACCUCUUCAAAUAAAAUCCGUUGUGGCACCGGAAGGAGUUAAGGGAUACAUAUACAUAGAAGCAUACAAGCAGCCGCAUGUAAAAGCUGCUAUUGAAAAUGUCGGAAACCUCAGAAUGGGUAUAUGGAAGCAACAAAUGGUGCCUAUUAAAGAGAUGACGGAUGUAUUACGAGUAGUUAAAGAACAGACGGGUUUAAAAGCUAAACAAUGGGUCCGUUUAAAACGAGGCAUUUAUAAAGAUGAUAUAGCUCAGGUUGAUUAUGUGGACUUAGCACAAAAUCAAGUUCACUUGAAAUUACUUCCAAGAAUCGAUUAUACUAGACCUCGUGGUGCGUUGAGAACAGCGCAGAGUGAAUCCGAAGCAUUAAAACGCAAGAAGAAAAGACGACCACCAGCGAAACCAUUUGAUCCUGAAGCAAUUCGUGCUAUUGGUGGAGAGGUUACUAGCGAUGGAGAUUUCCUUAUUUUUGAAGGAAACAGAUAUAGUCGUAAAGGUUUUCUUUAUAAAAAUUUUACCACAAGUGCUAUUAUCGCGGAGGGUGUUAAACCUACACUUUCCGAAUUAGAAAGAUUUGAAGAAGCGCCAGAAGGUGUUGAGAUAGAUUUAAGUGGUACGCCAGGAACUGGAACUUCUGGGAAAGAAGAUCAAUCUGUAGCUCACUCUUUUAGUAAUGGAGAUAAUGUAGAAGUGUGCGAAGGUGAACUUGUAAAUCUACAAGGAAAAAUUGUUUCAAUUGAUGGGAACAUGAUUAUGGUUAUGCCGAAACAUGAAGAACUUAAAGAAGCUUUGGAAUUCCAAGCUUCAGAAUUACGAAAAUAUUUUACGCAAGGCGAUCACGUAAAGGUUGUAGCAGGACGAUAUGAAGGCGAUACAGGUUUAAUUGUUAGAGUAGAACAAAAUAGAGUAGUUUUAUUCUCCGAUUUGUCUAUGCACGAACUCGAGGUUCUUCCGAGGGAUCUACAAUUGUGUUCUGAUAUGGCAACUGGUGUCGACAGCUUAGGUCAAUUUCAAUGGGGUGACUUGGUACAGUUAGAUGCACAGACAGUUGGUGUUAUCGUUCGAUUGGAACGUGAAAAUUUCCAUGUCUUGUCUAUGCAUGGGAAAGUAGUUGAAGCAAGACCACAAGGUCUUACAAAACGCCGCGAAAAUAGAAAUGCGGUUGCCUUGGACUCUCAACAAAAUACGAUACAAAAGAAAGAUAUUGUUAAAGUAGUCGACGGACCGCAUGCUGGUCGAGGCGGUGAAAUUAAGCAUCUUUAUAGAAGUUUUGCCUUUUUGCACUCGAGAAUGUUUGUCGACAACGGUGGAAUAUUCGUAUGCAAGACCAGACAUUUACAAUUGUCCGGUGGAAAUAAAACAACUUCUAUUAACUCUAUGUCACCAGUGGCAGGAUUUAUGUCACCUAGAAUUGCCUCCCCGAUGCAUCCUAGCGGAGGUGGUUUUGGACGAGGUGGCGGAGGUGGACGAGGAAGAGGUCGUGGUGGCGGUGGCGGUGCAAGACGCGACCGAGAAUUAAUAGGAACCACUAUCAAAAUAACAGGUGGACCAUACAAAGGAAACGUGGGUAUUGUAAAAGAUGCGACAGAAACAACAGCACGCGUGGAACUGCACUCGACUUGCCAGACGAUCUCUGUCGAUCGUUCUCAUAUAGCAAAUGUCGGCGUCCCGUCAAAGGAUGGUGGCUUCAGCAGCUACAACAGAACUCCAGCUUAUGGGGCUGGUGGACAGACGCCAAUGUAUGCACGAGAUGGAUCAAAAACACCUAUGCACGGUUCUCAAACUCCGAUGUACGAAAAUGGUUCUCGUACUCCGCAUUAUGGUUCGAUGACGCCAUCUCACGAUGGUUCGCGAACACCAGGUCAAUCUGGAGCUUGGGAUCCAACAGUUACUAACACACCCGCCAGGACGAAUGAUUUCGAUGGAUACAGUAUGGAAGAGGGUGGCUCGCCUGGUUAUGGACCCGGAUAUCCUCCUACUGGAGGACCAUUUACUCCACAAACUCCAGGCACUAUGUACGGCUCAGAACAAAGCUUCAGCUCAUAUCAGCCAAGUCCUAGUCCUGCAGGCAGUGCUACCGCAAGUCCGAGUCCUGCAGGCUAUGUUGCUACUCCAUCCCCAAGUGGUACCGGAUACACUACUAGUCCACACGGUGCGUUUGCGACGCCUUCUCCAUUGGGUUAUAGUCCUAUGACACCUGGUAUACCAGGUAGUCCAUACAAUCCACAAACGCCUGGUUCAGGAAUAGAUGCAGGUGUCGGUUCUGGUAUUAUAGGUAACUCAGAAUGGCAUACAACAGAUAUCGAAGUUCGCAUUCGCGAUUCUCAUGACGAUCCUGCGCUCGCUGGACAGCAAGCAGUUAUCCGAGGAAUUUCGGGGGGUAUGUGCACUGUUUAUCUACCUACCGAGGAUCGAGUAGUGAACUUAGUGUGUGAACAAUUAGAGCCUGUGGUACCGUCACGUGGCGAUCGAGUCAAAGUGAUUCUAGGUGAAGACCGUGAAGCCGUCGGCACUUUACUUUCGAUUGACAAUCAAGAGGGAGUGGUAAAACUCAACACGGACGAGAUAAAAUUCUUGCAAUUGCGGUUUUUGUGUAAAAUGAAAGAUAUAAAACAAGGAUAGAAUGAUGUAAUAGCAUUGAUAGCAUGCUCCUAAUGCGCCUUAGAUGUCUGAUACAUAUUUGAUACAGUAAUUAUAAAA